AUGGCUGCACAACAACAAGAACUAGAUGAGAAGAACCCAUUCUAUGAGUUAGUUGUCAUUUGUAGUACUUCUGGUCAAUUUGACCAAACCGUCAAUUCGUUCAAAGAUAUUAUAAAGAAGUCUAAGUUAGUAUGUAUAAAAGACUCUGAGUUGUUAGAUUGGAUAAAGAAGUACCAAAGAAGAGUUUUGAAGUAUAAUGCUAUAAAUGAGUAUAUAAAUUCUAAGUUUAAAGACCCAAAUGAGGAAAUGCAGAGAAUAUUAGACAAACACCACUUCAGAAACAAACAGAAAGAGAUAGAAUACAUUUCGAAGAAAUUGCAAUCUUACGAUUGGAAGACAUACCCUCAUAGGUGUCUUCUUAUCUUAGAUGACUUUGCUUCUCAUCCUUUGUUAAAGAAUAGAGAACAAGAUAUGUGUCGAAUUCUUAAGAAACUUAGGCACUUUAACAUCUCAGUCGUAAUAUGUGUACAGACAGCAAAGAGUUUAAGUAAGGAUGUUAAAAGAAUACUUACUGACAUUAUACUUUUCCCCGGAUUGUCCGAAGACGAUUUCAUGGAACUUAUGAAAGAGUCCAUGGCAGGUAAGUUUGACAGAUAUGAACUAUGGGAGAAGUAUAAAGUCAUACAAGACCCUCAUACUUCUUUCAGAAUUCAUAUCUACGCAAACAAAGUUCAAAUUGUAAAAAGUCAAGCUUGA